UUAGGAGGGAAAAGCUUUUUUCUUCCUCUUUUCUGUUCUUCAUGCAGUGAGCUGUGAAUAAUGAGAGAGAUGUGAGCAAGAAAGAAGAGAGAGAGAGAUUGUCAGGAAGUAGCGAUUUCUGUAACCAACCCAACCAACUAGAGCCAACGCAUCCUCCCUCCCUCUUUCUCUGUCUUUCUCUGUCAUUGCCUUAGACAUUUUCAGUCAUAUGGUUGACUGUUUUGGGAAUGGAUUGGAAUGAUGGUGGGGUAAAGCUGGACAGAAGAGAUAGGAAAAGUGAUGAGCAAUGAAGAACAAGAAGAGCCAGCUAAUGUUGGGGCCUGCUUUCCGAAGCAAGGUAACCACACCAGCCACUCCCAUAUCUCCUCAUGUCGGCCUGCCUUUGGCCAAUCAGACCCGGAGCGUGGCGGAGGUCACAUGAUCUCGACCGAUGACCUGGAGUACCCGCGUGAAUAUCGCACGCUGGGAAACAGCACACGCCGCUUCUCCAACGUGGGGUUGGUCCACACCUCUGAGCACCGGCACACGGUCAUCGCCGCCCAGAGCCUGGAGGCCCUCACCAAUCUGCACAAGGCUGACAUGGAACGCAAGAGGGACGCUUUUAUGGACCACCUGAAGAACAAGUACCCGCCCCAGCACUCCCUACCGCCCUCUCCAUCUCCCUCACACGGCAGCAUGAGGAGCACCACAGAGAGAAGCGCACGUGAACAGCAACAGCCAAACUACUGGAGCUUUAAGCAUCUUAAAAACCCAUGGCACAAGACUCUAGGAAAAAAUCAUCAUAAAGCCACAACAAGUCGUAGUCCACGUCACUCCCAGUCCACUCAGUCAGGUUUGGCAGACCAGGCAUCUAAACUGUCCUUCGCAUCUGCUGAGUCUCUGGAGACCAUGUCUGAGGCCGACAUGCCGCUGGGCUUCAACCGCAUGAACCGUUUCCGUCAGAGCCUCCCCCUCUCCCGCUCUGCAAGCCAGAAUAAACUACGCUCUCCAGGUGUCCUCUUCCUGCAGUUUGGAGAUGAGACCAGGCGUGUUCAUAUCACUCAUGAGCUCAACAGUUUGGAGACAUUGCACGCGCUCAUCGUGCACAUGUUCCCUCAGAAGCUGACAGCAGGAAUGCUAAAGUCCCCGAACACGGCCAUCUUGAUCAAAGAUGAAGCCAGAAACGUCUUCUAUGAGCUGGAGGACGUGAGAGACAUACAGGACCGCAGCAUCAUUAAAAUCUAUCGCAAAGAGCCCAUCUAUGCCUCCUAUCCUGCGGCACAUCUGGCUAACGGAGACCUCAGGAGAGAGAUGGUUUACACAUCCAGGGACUCGUCACCUACCCGUCGCCUCAACACUCUACCUUCCUCCACUGCCUCACCCUCCUCUGGCUCCCCUUCCCGAUCCCGUCUCUCCUACAGCGGAGGUCGCCCCCCCUCUUUCGCUGGUCCGGGUCACCCUCACCCCCAGGGCCCCCAGCACCCAUCCCACUCCCACCACCCUUCGCCCUCUCACGGACAGGCUCAAGGCCUAACCCCCUCCUCCUCAGCCAUCCUGGAGCGCCGUGAUGUCAAACCUGACGAGGAGAUGUCUAGCAAAAACAUGGUCCUCCUGAAGAAUGAAGGUCUUUAUGCUGAUCCCUACAGCUUGAUGCAUGAGGGUCGACUUAGUAUCGCUUCUACUCAGUCCCUGGCCACCAUCGCUGACCCCUUCGGCUUCCCUGUGUCAGGAGGGCUGUACCGCAGAGGUUCGGUGCGCUCUCUCAGUACAUACUCAGCCGCAGCACUGCAAAGCGACCUAGAGGACAGCCUGUAUAAACCUGGAGGUUCUCUAUACUCUGAUACAUAUGGCAGCUCCACGCUCGGCAUGGGCUUUCGUCUGCCGCCCUCCUCUCCGCAGAAGAUUCCCGACGUGCAGCUGCGUGACAGGGAUUCGUUCACCGGGUCUCCAAGCCGAGGGUCACCUGUGAGAACGACCUUCCGCAAGGACUCCGCUUCCUCUUCUGUGUUUGUAGAGAGUCCAAAGUCCAGACCCAGCUCCAGUUCAGAACCCCUAGGAGAUGGGAGUAAGGGACCUGGAUUUGGUUCGCCAUUGUCUGGGGGCGAGACGGAUACACGCAGGGAUCGUAUGGAGGCAAUGGAGAAGCAGAUAGCCAGUCUGACUGGACUGGUUCAGAGCGUCCUAACCCGAGCACCAGACAGCGACAGCACAUGCGGCCUGCUGCGUCUCUGCAUGAUGGCGGGCUGCCCUCCGGACCAGGGGGCGGACUUUUCACGGCCCUUCCCUUUCUCUUCCAGCGAGAAGACCGAAUCCACCAGCGACGGCUCCGCCACAGGAACUGGCCGGCUGAAGAAGAAAGCACUGACUCCAUCUGCCCCGCUGGCACUGAUGCCUCCGCCUUCAUCUGGGGGCUCUCAGGCCUCCACUGUCUCCAGGCUACAGAUGCAGCUUCACCUGCACGACUUACAACAGAAUGCCACCGAUCUGCGCAAACAGCUCGCACAGCUCCGUAAAAUGCAGUUACAGAACCAGGACUCCAUACGAAGUCUGCUGAAGAGGACAGAGACAGAGCUGAGUCUGCGUCUGUCCGAUGCACUGAGGAAACAGGAAGACCCUCUCCAGAGACAGCGCCUCCUGGUGGAAGAGGAGAGACUCAAGUACCUGAACGAGGAAGAACUCAUCAUACAGCAACUGCAUGAUCUGGAGAAGUCAGUGGAGGAAAUCCAGAAGGAGAUGUCUGUCAAUCACCGACAUGUGACAGUUCAGGAGCUGGAGGAGAAAAGCUCGCUGCUGAGGAAACUGGGAGAGACUCUUACAGAGCUGAAAAAUCAGUUCCCAGGGCUCCAGAGUAAAAUGCGGGUGGUGUUACGAGUAGAAGUGGAAGCUGUGAAAUUCCUGAAAGAGGAGCCACACAGACUGGACGCCCUACUUAAACGCUGCAAAUCUAUCACUGACACUCUCACCACACUGAGGAGGCAGGUGAAUGAGGGAGUAUGGAAAUCCCAGGAUGAAUAUUCCAACCCCUCUCCUAAACUCGGAGGAGGGGACGAGUACAGGAAGAACACAGACUUUGACAUUCCAACCAGCCCACCGCUAAGCCUCAAUGAGACCAGCCUGGCUAACUGGAGCCCGCACUCUGGUCAAGGCCACGCCCACAGCCACGCCCACUCAAACCCAUCUCAUGCACAGCGUGAGAAAGAUUCUCAUGGGGUGGUGGGCUCAUUGAAGGGAAGGGGAUUGGAGGAGCUGGGAGGGCGAGGCGGAUCUGAUAAGGCCUCAUCUGUGGAAGUGAGACUGGCAGCAGAGCGGGAUUGGGAAGAGAAGAGGGCGAGUCUAACACAGUACAGUGCUCAGGACAUUAAUCGCCUUUUGGAGGAGACUCAGGCUGAGCUCAUGAAGGCCAUUCCUGACUUGGACUUUGCGGCCAAGCAGAUCAAACCUGCUCAAAACCAGAAUCAAAACCAAAACCAGAGCCAGAGUCCAUCUAGCACCAAUGCCACACCUGAACACAGGCCUAAUAAACCUCAGCAUAAACUCACCAGUAAAGAUGGCGGAUCCAGACGAGGUUCGGAUGAACUGACGGUGGCAAGGUAUCGUACGGAGAAGCCCUCAAAAUCCCCACCUCCUCCACCUCCCCGUCGAAGUUUCCCUUCCUCCCCUGGGCUUACUACACGAAGCGGAGAGAUGAUCAUUCCUGGAAAGACUAUGAAGAAGUCAGAAUCAGAGGAGUCCGAGUCUCAGAAGCCACAUGUUAAGCUGCGGAGGAGCAUUUCUGAAGCCCCCCGACCGGCCUCCACCCCUCCAACCAUCGCUGGUGGAGAGCAAGAGGAGGGUGACGAUGAGAAGUUAGCAGCUGAGCUUGAGCUCUUUGAGCGAUAUCUGACUCCCCCCCUGCCCUCUCCCAGGAAACACCCUCCUCCCUCUAGUUUACAGCUGUCUCCCCAUCUGCCCUCAGCUGGACAGCAGCUGACUCCAUCUAAGUCUGGUUUACAUGAACACUCCAGUGAUUUUACAGAGAAACCUCUGAAGCAGCAUGUGAUGACCUCCAGUCCAGUUCCCCAGAUAGUCUUGACUGAAUGUAACUCUCUCCCCACGUCUCCUUCUGAGGACUCGGCACAGACCAGACCGUCUGACAGUGCUCAGACAAUUAAAGACAAUGACACUGGAAACGACAUCAGAGUAAGCUACUUCAGCCACAUUGUGAGGACUCCCCGUCUGUCUCUCUGGAAACAAGACUUGACAACCAGCCAAAAAGUCCCUCGAAUACAAGAUUUGGAUGCGGCCCAGAGGGAACUCCAGAGUCCCGUCCAGGAUGUGACCCAGCCGUGCCCGCCUUUAACAAGGGAGAGAGCAAUUAAACAGCCCCUGAGGAGGGAGCCAAGGGUUCAGGAGUCUCUCGAGGCGGCGAUAGAGACGAAAGACAAGCGAGCGAGUAAGUCGGACACUACAUUGUCUGUCUUGCAGCAAAAUGGGCCCAUAGAGACAUCUCAAGUCGGUUUGAUCCGCAUUCAAGGCGUUGGAGGGGAAAAGGAAGACAUCUGCCACAGCACAUACCGUCGACUGGACAGUCUGGAGGAAACCAUCCGAGAGCUGGAGCUCAGCCUGAUGGAAUUCAGCACUGAUCCUCACACGGGGAACAUCUUCCCCACAUCUUUCCAGACGCAGAGAUCCGGCAGCACGCAACAUACAGAUCAGAACCCCGGAGACAGAGGAGAAACAAACAGACCCAUUGUCCCACCCAAACCGUCCUGCAUCAGUACAUCCACAGCCAAGACUAGUGGUGGGAAGGCGCUGUCUCGUCUGAAGCAUCUGCAGCAGAGCGGAUCAGAGAAAGUUAAAACAAGCAAACAGAGAGAGGAAUUCCUUAAGAACCAGGGUCAACAACAGUGAGCAGAAGUGAGCGACCCAAACCAACCUGACCUGACCAAGGCUUGUCCACCUCCUCCUCCGUCGUCUUCACCACCACUUCAUCAGCAUCUCCUGACUGAAGCCUACAAUCCUUUACCCAGUUCCUCCUAGUCAAUCCUAUAUAGGUUUAAAUGGCCUAAAACAUCAUGCAGUCAAUAUUCUCCAGAGCCUCAUUCAUUCCUUAGAGAAAGUGUCUUGUGGGAGAGAUUAAUGACACAUUACAGCUAAACCAAACCUUAAACACCUCGCAAAAUGUCUUUAUUCUUAGUUUUUAUGCUCUGUUUCUUCUCUACCCACUCUUUUGUCCUUUAUCCCCUCACUUUGCCUUCACCAUCCGACCCUCAGGCUCUGAGUCUGAACAUCAGCAGAGCCAGAGCAACAGAGUCGCUCCUCGCAAGCACCAGAGCUGCUAGCUUCUC